CCACUACUUUACAGAGCGCACUAAUGGCCAAUAAUUUAGAAACGAAGUUGCUUUUAUAUUGCGUAUAUGAGCAUGAUUCAACAGAAUUCCUCCACUUUAAGAUCAAACCCGGUUGGCAUUUGUGAUUAAAUAGCCUUGUCUUUUGUUAAAAAAUCCUCGCUUGAUUUUUGCUCAACGAUGGCCGUUAUCCUUCUUUUGGAUAGUGUUUUAGUUCCCUUGAGCCUCUUCCUUAUAGUGGGUUACCAUGUAAAUCUGUGGUGUUAUUUCAAGAUCAAGCCCUCCCGUAUCACGAUCGGAAUCGAAGCAUUGAGAAGAAAAGAAUGGUUUAUGAACAUGAAAGAGGGUGAUGAUAAGAAGGCGAUGUUGGCGGUUCAAAGCUUGAGAAACACACUAUUGACGACAACUAUAGCUGCAACAAUAGCGAUUCUGGUGGAGUUAGCAUUGGCAGCGCUAACGAACAACACCUACAACGCAAGCAGGAUUUUCCAGAGUGUAAUUUUGGAGCCAGAAUCGGGUAAUGGUGGGAGAAUUUUUGCUCUAAAGUUUGGCUCGACGUCUUUCUUUCUGUUGGCUAGCUUCUUUUGCAGCGCCUUGGGACUCGGGCAGUUGAUUGAUGCUAACUUUUUGGUGAGCGCUCCUGAGGAGUUCUCGUUUCCUGCAUACACACAGAUGGUGUUUGAGCAGGGUUUCAUGAUGGCUUUCAUUGGAAAUCGGAUUCUGUGCAUGUGCUUUCCUUUGUUGCUGUGGAUGUUUGGUCCUUUGCCGGUGGCCUUGUGCUCUGUGGCUCUGGUUUGGGGGCUUUAUGUUCGUGAUUUUGUGGGCAAGUUCUCAGUAAAUGAAGCUUAGUCUCACUUGAAAGAUGAAACCAGAUGUAACAAUACUUCAGAGAUUAAGAUCUAGAAUCCAUGUAUAUUAUUAAGCUAAGUCAGUUGUUUUUUUUGUUAGAUGAAAUAAAACGACUCGAUUAACA